CGGAGUCAGUUGAGGGCGGGAAGGGGUUGAGAGGGAUUGGGCAACGUGGGCGCUAGGCAGCUGAGGGGACUGGGCGGGACAAAGAAAGUGCUGGAGGGCAGGGGCCUUGGGGCGAAGGAGCCGCAGGGAGACUAGGGUCGGGGACUCAAAGAUUCCGGGGAAGGGGGAUCGGGAGGAAGGCGUCAGUCGGUUUGACUGGGGAAGGCGAGGGGGGGGGAGGGGGUGAGGUGGGGGAAGCUGAGCAACUGAGCCGGGGCAGAAGCUGCAGUUGUGACCAGCCCCGGGCAGAGUGAAUUAAGGGGAGGCAGGCAGGGAGGGGGGGAGGAGCCAAAGACAGGGAGCAAAGUGGGAGACUGGGGUGGAGGGGAGAGGGGAGAAGAAGAUCUGGAAUGGAUAGAAAGGGUGACGGAGAGAGAAAGUGGCAGUAUUAGGGUGGGAUGAAAGGCAAACAUCCAUCGGAGGGCCUGGAGAUGAGCAAAAGACUAAAAAUAAGCAAAGGACUGUUAGACUUCCUGCUUACCCAGGAAGAUGGUUCUGAAAGUUGCUAUGCUGUUAAGGGUAACUCGGGAUCUCUGCAUCUUACAGACUUCAUCUGGUGCCAAGCUGAAAGAAUGGAUGGCGGGAGAAGGAACCUAGAACCCCCAUCCACUUUAGGGAUGCUCCAGUCUUCAGGUCUCAGUGGGCUCAUGCCUCCAUCUCAUUUCCAAACACGGCCCCCUCCAGGCAUGUCCAGGAUCACAUCUGUCCAGUCCCCACCCUUACCCCAAGUCCUGCCUUCAUCCCAUCUUGGUCAUUAUAAGAGUGACCAUAGAUGGGAGCAGAAUAGACUACAGAUUUUGAGAGAACAAGAUGGGGCAGGUGAUAGUGAUGAUCCCAAAAGAAGGACCAGGUCCCUGGACCAUGUGGGGCCACAGAGCUUGAAUUCCCAGACUGAGUUGGUCUCUCAGCAACUGGAAGAGAUUUGGAGACUUGAGAAGGAGAGCCAGGCCUUGCGGUUGGCUUCAGUCCAUCAGAAGACUCGACUGGCAACUCAAGCUGAGGAGCUUGAAGUUUUGGGACAGGCAGAGCAAGCUAUGCAGGUUGAAAUAGAGGAACUUCGUGCUGCCUUGGCUGGGGCAGAGCUCAUUCGGCAGAAAUUGGAAGAAGGAAACAAAAGAGAGAUGGAAGAGAUUCAAAAGCUGCACAAGGAACAGAUCUCCCACAUGACCACAGCUCAUCAGGAAGCUCUUGCUGCCCUGGCCAACAAGACCCAUGAGUUGGAGGAGAAAGUGAAGACUAUGGAAUCUAAGAGGGAAGAAGAGACCAAGGAGUUGGCUGUUGUACAGAGGGAGGCUAGGAUGUUAAGGGAGGAACUAAGUAAGACUCAUGCAGAACUCAAUACCCAGGUGGCUCUUGUUGACCAGCUUAGGAAGUAUGUAGGGGAUCAAAUAUCACCAGAGAGCAAGAACCAGAUGUGGGAACAGGAGCGGAAGCAGCUACUAGAAACUGUGCAGCAUUUGCAGGAAGAUCGGGAUGCCUUGUGUGCCACUUUGGAGUUGCUACAAGUUCGAGUGCAGAGCCUCCAGGACAUCCUUGUCCUUCAGGAAGAAGAACUGGGUUGGAAGGUCCAGCCUACAGACCCCCUAAAGUCUGAGUCAGCCAAGAAGGCUCAGGCCCUGCUGAACCGUUGGAGGGAAAAAGUGUUUGCCUUGAUGGUGCAGCUGAAAGCCCAGGAGUUGGAACAUACUCAUCAUACUCAAAAGCUUAAAGGAAAGGUGGCAGAACUUGAAGGUGAGGUAGCAUCCUGGGGUCAAGAAUCAACUAUUUUGCAUCGAUCUCUCCAGGACAAAGCUGCUGAAGUGGAAGUAGAAAGAGUUAACAGCAAGGUCCUUCAGGGGGAGCUGAGUCGAGCCCAGGAUGCCAGACUGUGGCAGCAGCAACAGACAGAGACAGCUGAGGAGCAUAUGAAGCUUGUGGCUAAUGCUGUGAGCAGUUCCCAUAACUGGCUACAGGAUCGGGUAGCUAAGGUGGCAGAAGCUGUAGCUCAGCUUCCUAGCCUCAACAACCGACUUGGCUAUGCUUCCCGACAAGUCCGUACUAUUCAAGGCCUUGUGGCUCGGAAAAUAGCACUUGCACAGCUGCAUCAGGAACAGAGCCCUCCACCCCCACCGUCUGAAGAAAUGGGACUUGAGUUACAGCAGCUAAGAGAAGAAAGGAAUCGCUUAGAUGAAGAGCUACAGCUGAGUGCCCGCCUUAUCCAACAGGAAGUGGGCCGGGCCCGGGAACAAGGAGAGGCAGAGCGGAUUCGGUUGAAUGAGGAGGCCCGGCAGUUGGAGCAGGAACUGCAAAAAACCCAGGAAUCUUUGGUUGAGGUCGGGAUUCAGUUGAAAGCAGCUCGACUGAGCCAGAAGGAGAGCACAGAAGAGGCUGCCUGCCUUCGGCGGGAACUAACUCAGCAGCAAGAGACCUAUGGGAAAGACUUACAAGAGAAGGUAGCUGAAGUGGAGUCAAGGCUGCGGGAACAGCUUUUAGAGAUGGAGAGAAGACUGAAUGAAGCUCGGAGGGAACAUGCUAAAGCUGUAGUUUCCUUGCACCAGGCCCAAUGCCAAGCUGCCCGAGACAAAGAACGUAGCCAGGAACUGGGACGUCUACAAGAGGAAGUUCAGAGGGAAGAAGGAUUCCGGUUGAGGCAGAGGCUUCAGGAGCUGGAACGAGACAAAAACUUAAUGUUGGCCACUCUAAAGCAGGAGGGUCUCCUUUCCCAAUAUAAACAACAGCGAUUGUUUGCAAUUCUUCCUCCCCUAUCACUGGAACCUGGUUCUGAAAUUCUGCAUCCCACCAAGCAACUUUUGAAAGGAUCCUAUCUCUCUGCAUUGCUGGAAAAUCUGCAAGAAAUGAGUGAGGUUAUCACUCGGGAAGAGGAGGGAGACAAUGGGAAGUGCUCAAUUGUAGGAUCCUCCUCUUACCAGUUGUAAGCUGUAAAAGGGAACUUAACAGGUGGAGAAGGUAGCAAGUGUGGCCACCUGCUGGCUGGCUCUAAUCCUUGAGCUACAUCUGCCUUGGUGACUGAAUUUUCUUACAUCAAAUAAAGGAGGCUUUAAUAGGA